AUGGUACCUCCACUAUAUUCAAUGACCGUCAACUCGUUUUCAGACAGAAAACUGGCGGGCAGAAGUUGCUCACAGAGCAGCUCCUUGGCGACAGUCGUGGAGAAUCUGCCUCUUUCCUACAAUACAGACACAAAAAGUCUGGACAGGACGCCAUCUUUGGGAUGUCAAGGAACGGAAUCACCUUCAACUACACAAGAAACCAAAUUCCGUCGAGGUCACAUUCGUCGCAGCUCAUAUGAAUCGGCGCAAAUCCAAUUGAACUUUGCCCGACGGAUUACAACGGCCAAUGGAACACCGGCUCUGGCGCCGUCAGCCGCUAAAUGUCUCGAUGAACCACUGUGCUCACUGAAUAUCAACACACGAGCAGAUUGUUCUUCUAGUUCUAGCGAGCAGGACCAAUACGAUUCCGGAAUCGGGUGUACAGAAAGCGACUCGAAACGCUCCUCACUAGAUCGUCGAAGUGAAUUAUCGGACUUUGACGAGCCACCACCGAAACCGGAAACAUCUUCCAAGUCUCGAUUCUUCAAUUUCCCCAAGAACUUUUUCUCUCGAAACAAAGAGGAAAAGCAGGGGUGGAAGAUGUUUGGAAGCCGGAAUAAACCUUCUGGUGUGAUGGCAACGACUGGAUUGAUUCUGGAAGGAAGGCCUAGUGGGUUACCGUCAAAAUCAGCAGAUGAAGCAGCACAGCACAAGCAAAUGUAUUUGGAUAUUUUAGAACAGGCAAAAAAGAAAGAGCAGCGAGCUGAAAAGGAAAGGCUGCAGGCGAAAGCAGAACAAAAACGUUUAGAAGAACAAGCUGCUUCACACUGCCGUGUUUGGAUGGAGCAGAUACUACCGAAAUGGGAAGAAAUGAAAGAUUCCAAGCGAUGUCGUGAAUUAUGGUGGCAAGGAGUCCCUGCGAAAGUAAGAGGAGAAUUGUGGUCUUUGACAAUUGGCAAUGAGAUUGAGAUAACAAGAGAACUCUAUGAUGGAUUGAUGGAACAAGCUGAAGAGAAAAUAGCAAAGCAGCUUGCUGAACAACAAAAGAACUCGGUAGAUCGAAAAGAAACUUCAGUCACUCAAAUUCAUCUGGAUGCAACGAGGACUUUCACAUCCCUUGGAAUGUUUCAAAAGGACGGACCAUACUACGACCACCUACUCAAGCUCUUAAGUGCCUAUGCGAUUCUUCGGCCGGAUAUCGGAUAUGUGCAGUCAAUGACGUUUAUAGCUGCAGUACUGCUUAUCCAAAUGGAGCCUUAUCCCGCAUUCAUCUCAUUUGCUAACCUAUUGGAUAGACCAUUGCAAUCAGCGUUUUUUGGUCUAAAACAACCGCAGAUGACUGAGUACUUCAUAGCCUAUGAUAGAUACUUAGAGCAGGAACUCCCGGCUCUCCAUCAACAUUUAGACAAGCUUGAUGUCCGACCGGACCUCUAUCUCAUUGAAUGGACUUUUGCCAUGUACGCCAAAUCACUGCCACUCGAUGUGACCUGUCGUAUCUGGGAUGUCUACUUCCGAGAUGGAGAGGAGUUCCUGUUCAAGGCAGCGCUUGGGAUUCUGAGAAUGUAUGAACCUAAACUGCUAACAAUGGAUUUCGAUGACUGCGUGGAGUUCCUGACACGUCUACCGGAUACUCUUACUGGUGCUGAACUAUUCCGCAAUAUUGAACCAUUCAUGAGGCCGUACAAUGGCGAGUCAUCCCGUUCAAAAAAACGUUUUUCACAGAUCUUUCAAGAAAUUGAUGAACGCGUCAAUCCUGGAGGAACAACUGCCAGAACCCAAAUCACUCAUAAUGUUCAAGAGCUCAAAAUGAGCAAGUCGCUAAGUGGAUUCAUUAAGGAUCUGCUGUCAUCACCAAAUCAUUAA